AUGACUCCCAAGGCCGAGAUAAAACUGAAUCAACCUCUCAAUGGCAAGUAUUAUACCACGAAUGAACCCAUCACGGGCGCUUUGCUGGUGAAAUCAGACAAAGCCAUGUGCAUUCAAAAAAUCGAGCUUACUUUGCGGGGCAUUGCGCAGACGCUUGUCCGACAGGAAAGGUCAGAUUACCAAUACACCAUGAACGCGGGAUUCCCGCUGAGAUCGUGCCAUGUCCUCGUGGAUAAUAAACUCACGCUUUUCCCACCUGCUAACGUGAGUAAAGCCAUAAGUGAGCCCGACAAGGCCUUCACAUUAGCCAAGGGUUCUCAUGAGUACCCUUUCCAAUUUUUAGUGCCAUACCAGCCCAGAUGUAUGACAGAUCACGGCGCGGCUACUUCAGGAUUCAAUUGCAACGAAGAAGACGCCCGGAUCCCCCCAAGUUUCAAUACAGAUUCUGCCCAGCAGGAGCUCGAUAACGUCGAGGCCUAUUAUUACAAGAUGGGCACGAUCCACUAUUACUUUAAGGCUCAGAUAUUCAUGGGCAAGUCAAAAUUCCGUCUCAAGCCCUUCAACCCUAUGGUUGAAGCAUACAAGAUGAUUGAGUUUAUCCCAGAGUCAAUGGAGGAAGGAAACCAAGCCGUAAAUGUCGACACAAGUUGCGGGCCAACCGACAAGUUUGUUUCAGAAACCGAUCUCAAAUUGCGUGGAGACGUAUCCGCCUGGGUGGAGGUACGAGCCAAAAGCUUGAAUCGAGUACAUCGCAUGGACUAUUUAUUCAAGCCCGGGUGCCGCAGAUUCGAUAGAAUAUAUCUAAUGUUCACCGACGUUCCGGCUUCUAGCAAUAGCAUUAAGGUGACCAAGUUGAAACUGGUUUUGCAAGAGGUUUUGGACUAUUUAUCAAACGGUCUCAUAAACUCUAUCCAGGGUAAGAUCCCGCUAAUCGAAGUGCCCUUGGACAUAACACUGGACCCGUCCGAAUUGAAAGUUUUGAAGAAUGGCACAGUGGAAUGGCCUUUAAGCAUUGCGAAAACAGAACCAUUGUGCAGUUACCGCUUUAAUGAAGAUGACAUGAAAUAUAAGGGAAACGGGUUGUAUAGUUUCAUGUGUUGUAAUAUCAGACGCUCCUUCAAAUUUCUAUUGAAAGUGACCGUGGAAAUAAACGGUGUUGCUCAGGAAGUUGAAGUAUCGGCGUCAUCAACAAAGAUUGACCGUAAACUGGCAAUUGAACAGGAGCAACUACCUCGCUAUGAACCCGACGAUGUGCCCCCAGAAUAUGGGCACACAAUUGCAAGCGAUAAUUAG